AUACUGCUGCUAAAAAGAAAGCUGCUGCUGCUGCUAAUGAUAAACCUGCUGCUUCCUCCACACCUGCUGAAACUGCUUCUGAUGCUACUAACAAUGCCGAGGAUGAUGAUGAUGAUAUUGUAGAAAUAAUUCCAGAACCUGAGAAAGAGAAGGAGAGUGCUGAAAUUGUGGAAGAAAGCUGAUCAUGGAGAAUCUUUAGUUAAAAAUAAAUAUUUGAAUCUACUAUUUUGAAUAAGAUAUCAUCAGCAUUUAUGUAUAAAUAUUAAAAAAUAGUUCAAAUGCAAGAAUUUGUUUGAAAAUUAACUUUGGCGCCUAAAUAUUGGUUAAAAAUUACAACUAUGAGUUUAAAAACAUUCAUUUUUCUUACAACCUUUCAGACUCCAACUCAAUUUUGUUCGCUUGAAAGUCAUUUUAAUAUUAUGUUCAUGAUGUUCAUGAAAUUCGCACAUGUUUUUAAAGAAAAUUCGCACCAUUAGUUUCAGAUGAGAAUGGGAAGUUAGGAGGGAAAAAUAAACUUGAUAAUGGGGAAGCUAUCAAGGAAAAAAGAUGGUGGAGCGGAGAAAGGACAGAAAAAAAUUACAGGGUUCUUCCAGGGCUCCCAGCCCUUUACUACAGUUCAAAGCACUGCGGCUAGAGUAGCUUCCUCUGGAGCUUCAAGAGGAAAAUCUCCUGGAUCCAAUCUAACCUCUAGUUUGCAGAAACAGAAUUCAGUAAUCAAACCUCAGAAACCUAUUCUUCAACCUUCACCGUUAAAACAACCACCACUAUCCAAACAAUCGCCUCCAACCAAACAACCACCACCCUUUAAAAAACCGUCUCCUCUGAAACAAAUUCCUCCUGAACUUGAUUUUCUUGAUUGUACGCCUGAUAGAGAGAAGUUUAAGACCAGAAAACCUGUUAUAGUUACUUCAAAAUCAGUUAAACGAAGAUUAUCCAAUGACAGUUCUGAAUCUAAGAGGGGGUACAAUCAGUCAGAAGCGGAAUCCAGUGUAGAAAAGGAAAACACAGAUUUACAAAUAAUGGAUGAUAUUCUUCAAGAAUACGCGGAACCAAACCAAAAACGUGCCCGGACUAAAUCACUGAGUACAGAUCAACCUGGUCAUGCAAAUCCGGUGGCAACUAGUGCCCUCGACAAUGAUCUUGAGAAGAAUGUAAUUGAAGAAAACUUAUUCGAGGACGAUAUGUUCGAGGACGAGUUUCCUGAAGAAUGUUUGGAGGCUGAAGAUACUGAGGUUCCAUUGGCCUCGAAGUUUAACAGACACAAGAUUUUGGAGAUUGACGAUACAGUUGAGAAUCAGCUGAUUUUAAUUCUGGAGGAUUCCUUUAACCCUGGAUUACAUAGGAGAGCUGUUAUCAAGGACUCCUGGCUUCAGACAGUGUUUAAUGAGAAGGAUAUACUACACCUGGAGGGGGACUGGGUUCAGGACGUUAUCAAUAUCAAUGAUAAAGCAGGAAGUGUGAUUGUAAACCCGGAUAUCCUUGUUUCCGGAACUGCAGUUGUAUCUGCACUAUUCUGUCUGAGGAAAGCUGUACUGGCUGAGAAAUAUAAAGGUGGAGGAGGUGGAAAUAAGGAGUUGUCCUACCUUGGGAUCACGGAACUGGAGAUAAGGAAGGAUAUCUCCCCUUUCCUCGACCAUAUUCAGUUCUUCGUGAAGAAGUAUAUGCUUGGACAACAGGUAGCUGCCCCUGAAGCUAGUACACCUGACCGGCCUAAACGAGGAACAGAGAGAGCCCAGUGGAAGGGUCGGAUAGCCAGAGUAGUAGAUAUCGAGGAGAAUAUCUGGUCUCCAAGGUUGGGAAUAAAGGGAAAGAUUGAUAUAUCUGUUGAAAGCCAAGGAAGCAAGAAGAUUCUUCCUUUAGAGAUAAAAACAGGGAAACCUUCAUUUUCUGCAGAACAUUCUGGCCAGGUGAUGUUGUACUCAAUGAUGUCCCGAGACCGGAGGCCGGAUCCUGGCUCCGGACUCCUCCUCUACCUCCGGUCCUCCAACAUGGUGGAGAUUCCCUGCAGACGGAACGAGGAAAGAGGUCUUUUGCAGCUAAGAAACCAAUUAGUCGCAUAUCUUAGUCAAGUUGGUGUGUAUGAGAAUGACAAGGUAUCAGAGAUGAUUUUGCCGGAACCAAUAGAUUUUGAAAAAGCUUGUUCUAAUUGUGAUUAUCUUGAGAUCUGCUCCAUCUACCAGAAAAUACAGGAAACUGUUCCUCCCCCUCCGCAUCCUAUGGCAAGGCUUGCUCCAGAUACCCUGCAGCAUCUUGAGGCCGGGGACCUGGCCUGGUUUCACCACUGGUCAGAUAUCCUGAGGCUGGAGGCCGGGGAGAUGAAUACCUCCGUGAGUAACCUCUGGACGGAAACCCCUGGUAUGAGGGAGAGAUCUGGGUCCUGUAUUCAGCUUCUAGAUCUAUCCUCAGUAUUAGACAAUAGAAACCAUAGAUUUACACGAGCAGGAGGAUUGCCUCCGAUCUUCCAGGUGGGGGAGGUUGUCCUCUUGUCCUCUGACAAGGAGCUGGCGCUUUCACAGGGAUCUGUCGUCAGGGUAGACACAGAGGACAUCAUUGUCCUCCUAGACAGGGAUAUCAGUGGUCAACCAGGUUGGAAGAAUAAGAAGUAUACCCUUGAUCGUCAUGUUUACCAGGGGUCAAUGUCGUCCAAUUUCGUGGCUAUUGGAAAACUAAUGUCUGACAACCCAGCAGCUAAAUCUUUAAGAAGAAUAAUUAUUGAGAAAGAACCUGUCAAAUUUCUUCCAGGACUAGGUAAUCGCCAAAAUAAUUGAGUCUUUGUAACAAACUUUUAUUUUAUAAUACCUAUAU